GGCGGGAAGCGGAAGAGCGGCGGGUUGAGCAGGCUGUGUCGUGGGGUGGGGUGUCGUGUCGGCCCCUGAGCGGCCCAGACGAGGCCGCCUGCAGUUCCGUGGCCGGCCAGGCCCGCGUGCUGCGGGCACCCACACAGGAGUGGUGGGAGGGGCGGCCGGCAGGCCCAGUGUCUGUUCCCGCGUUCCUUUUCGCGGCUCCUGCGAGGGUGCAGAGCCCGAGACGGACAGGCCCCCUUCUGUGUCCCAGCGGCGGUGCGGCCGCGCGGUAAAGAGGUUUCAGGGUGCGCCCGCGUGGACGGCCCUGCCCGGAGUGAAGAGCUGUUUAGCUGUUCUGAGGCUGGUAUUUUGGGGAAGAGUCGGACGGCUCCAGACGCUGGGCUGGCUUCGCGGCGUUCGGAGGCCUGCCUGGCGCCGCUCCCUGGCCGCGCCAGUGUCGCGCUCGCCUCCCGUCCCCCGGCCCGGUUCUGCGCCUCGUGGCGGCCCUUGACUAAGCAAAGCAGAGCCCCCAGACUGAGCUGAAGUGCAUGCCACAUCGCAGCCUCUGGAUGCAGUCUGAGUCCAGCCGCUGUGACGAGACUCCUUCCCUCUUGUGGGGUUUGGAUCCUGUGUUUGUAGCUUUUGCAAAACUCUACAUCAGGGAUAUCCUGGCCAUGAAGGAAUCCCGCCAAGUCCCAGGUAUCUUUUUGUACAAUGGGCAUCCAAUAAAACAGGUAGACAUCCUGGGAACUGUCAUUGGAAUGAGAGAAAGAGAUGCUUUCUACAGUUACGGAGUGGACGAUAGCACAGGAGUUAUAAACUGCAUCUGCUGGAAAAAGUCAGACAGCACUGAGUCUUCACCAGCUGCUCCAAGCUCAGCAAGAGAACUGAGUGUGAUUUCAAAACUUGAGAAGCUGCAAGAGGCCAUUGAGCAGAGAAGCAGGAUAGAAAUUGGGGACAUUAUCCGAAUCAGAGGCUACAUCCGCACAUACAGAGAAGAGCGAGAAAUUCAUGCCACCAUUUAUUAUAAAGUGGAUGACCCGAUGUGGAACAUUCAAAUUGCAAGAAUGCUUGAGCUGCCUGAUCUCUACAGGAGAGUGUAUGACCAGCCCUUCCACAUCCCGGCCCUAGAGCAAGAAGAGGCAAGCAGCAACCCAGGUGCCCUGGACGUUACCAGUCUCACAUGUUUGCUGAGUGAAAAAGUCAAAGAAUUCCUCCUGGAGAAGAAAGUGCAAACCUUCUACCAGCAGGAGUUGGAAGCCGUGGCCUCCUUGCUGUCCCUCGCCAGUCAGCCCGUGAUGCAUGGCGCCUGCUCCAGCCAAGUGAGUGUGGUGUGCUCACCUGAAAAUGUGGAACUUAAGAACAACACCAGUUCCAAGGCCAUUCAUAGUAUAUUUAAGAAUGCUAUACAGCUGCUGCAGGAAAAAGGACUCGUUUUCCAGAAAAAUGGUGGUUUUGAUAACCUGUACUAUGUAACCAGAGAAGACAAAGACCUGCACAGAAAGAUCCACCGUAUCAUCCAAGAAGACUGCCAGAAGCCAAGCCACAUGGAGAAGGGCUGCCACUUCCGGCACAUCUUGGCCUGUGCACACCUGAGCGUCCACCCGGGCCUGAGUGAGGCUGUGCUGCAGCAGGUGCUGGAGCUCCUGGAGGACCAGAGUGACAUCUUCAGCACAUCAGAGUGCUACUACAUGGCCUUCUGAGCGGAGGCCUGCGGGCAGCUGAGGAGAGGGAGAGGAGGCGCGGUCAGCCCCAGGCUGUGCUCAUGAACAGCAAGCCAGGGUUCACGGGUCUGCAGGCAACUGCCUCAAUAAACCAUCAGCAACGGUCACUGGGGAUGAGAUUGGGCCUUCUGUGUGCUGCGUGCUUGGGUGCAGUGAUGUUGAUCCCAGCGGUGACAUUCGGGAAAUCCCUCCUUACUGCCUGGAAGGACUGAGCAUCUGUCAGGGAACAGAACAGGAAGAAACAGUGGGUGGCUUCAUCCAUGUGUGAUCACUGAUGCGGUGAAGGGACACCACAGGGUAAAGGGCCUGACUGAAGAAACUGAUUGCACAGUUUUAAACACCUUAGACCCCAGGCCUUUGACUGCAUCCCCAGGGGCCCCUCUGAGGGGUAUGAGGGGGUGGAGGGAUGACUGUCACUUGCCUCUACCUUUGAGGUUCGGGGGCAGCAGCAGUGGGGCCUGGGGCCUGGCCUGCUGCUUGCGGAGAAGUGAGGAACCGGAGCCUGGCUCUGUGCUCAUCGUUUUCCUGCGGCGUCUGAAGCCACGGUGCACGUCACCCAGCACCGCAUGACUGCACCGAGGGCCCGCAAUGGCCGGGGCCGGCGGGGGCUGCCGGCAGCUGCUUGGCAGUAGUGAGUGUUAGCCAAGGUGCUGCUGAGUCGGCAGGAUGUGCCUAGACAGAUGCAGACGUCGGGCUUUUUGUCUAAAUAACAAGGUAGAAGGAAACUGUCCCAGGCAUGUAACGAGCUUGUUCUAACAGAAAAAUGACAAAUUCCGCCAGCAAAAGUAAAGUAUGCGGAAAGGCUUGGA